CGGCCUCUUUUUUUUUUUUUUUUCCCCGCCUCUUCCGAGAGCGGCCUGCCUGCUUGCCUGCCCGCCCGUCAGGCUUCGCCCGCCAGGCCCGCUCGUCGCCCCCGCGCGGCCGGAGGCUCCCCGAGGCUCCUCCGCCCGAGCCCCGCCGGCUCUCCCCUCACGACGCUGCUUCUUCUUCUUCUUCUUCUCCUCCUUCUUCUUCCUCCCGCAGCCGGUGGGAGCGCGUCGCCGGGCGGCCCGUCCCGCGGCCAGCGCAGCUCCAUGGGGCCGGUGGCGGCGCGGCGGCGGCGGAGGGCGAAGGCGGCCGCCCAGACUCCUCGCCCCCCUCGCCGGCGGCGGCCGUGAGAGAGAGAGAGAGAGAGACAGAGACAUACACAGAAAGAGACAGAGAGAGACAGACGAGCGCCGCCCGCUUCGGACCCGCCGCCGCCCCUCCUGACGGGCCUGCGGCUCUCCGGGCGGACGGAGGAUGGCGGGGGCUCCGACCCAGCUGGAAGCCGAGCUCUACUACCUGGUCGCCCGCUUCCUCCAGUCCGGACCUUGCAAGAAAUCGGCCCAGGUGCUGGUGGCCGAGCUGGAGGAGCACCAGCUGAUCCCGAGGCGCUUGGAUUGGCAGGGAAAAGAACACCGAAGAAGUUUUGAGGAUCUGGUAGCAGCCAAUGCUCAUAUCCCCCCGGAUUACCUUCUCAAAAUUUGUGAGCGAAUUGGACCUCUAUUAGAUAAAGAGAUCCCACAAAGUGUACUCGGAGUGCAAACUUUACUAGGAGUGGGACGGCAGUCUUUACUAAGGGCAGCCAAAGAAUGCAGGCACACAGCCUGGAAGGGUUCCGCAUUUGCAGCCCUGCAUCGGGGCAGACCUCCUGAAGUCCCCAUAAACUAUGGGAGGCCACCAAAUGUGGUGACCCUAAUAGGAGCCAGACAGUUGACUGGAUAUGGACGUUUCAGCCAUUUGUUCCCAACCUCUUUUUAUCAACACAUCAAGAUGCACAAGAGAAUUCUGGGCCAUUUAUCAUCUGUGUAUUGUAUAGCGUUUGAUCGUGCUGGGAGACGAAUUUUCACUGGUUCAGAUGACUGCUUGGUGAAAAUUUGGGCUACAGAUAACGGGCGCUUGCUUUCAACCCUCCGAGGACAUUCAGCGGAAAUUUCUGACAUGGCUGUCAGUUAUGAGAAUACCCUCCUUGCUGCAGGCAGUUGCGACAAGGUGGUCAGGGUGUGGUGUCUUCGAACUUGUGCCCCAGUGGCGGUGCUCUUGGGCCACUCGGCUUCCAUUACUUCCAUACAGUUUUCCCCUGCAAGAAAAGGAACAACUCGAUACCUCACUUCUACUGGUGCUGAUGGAACAAUUUGUUUCUGGCAAUGGCAUUUAAACACAAUGAAAUUCAAGGAUCGGCCCGUGAAAUUUACAGAGAGAUCCAGACCUGGUGUUCAAAUAUCUUGUUCAUCUUUUAGUUCGGGUGGCAUGUUUAUUGCAACAGGAAGCACAGACCACGUGAUCCGAAUAUAUUAUUUGGGCUCUGAAUCUCCGGAAAAAAUAGCAGAGCUGGAAUCUCACAUGGACAAGGUUGUUGCUAUUCAGUUCUGCAACAAUGGAGACAGGCUAAGAUUUGUCAGUGGAAGCAGAGAUGGAACAGCCAGAGUUUGGCAAUACCAGCAGCAAGAAUGGAAGAACGUAGUCCUGGAUAUGGCCACUAAAAUGACUGGGAACAAUGUCCUGUCUGGAGAAGACAAAGUGUCGAAGCUGAAGGUGACUAUGGUAGCCUGGGAUCGAUAUGAUGCCACCGUUAUUACAGCAGUGAACAAUUUCCUUCUGAAAGUGUGGAAUUCUUCUACCGGGCAGCUUCUCCAUACUUUAUCUGGCCACGAUGAUGAAGUGUUUGUUUUAGAAGCUCACCCGUUUGACCAAAGGAUCAUGCUGUCUGCGGGCCACGAUGGGAACAUUUUCAUUUGGGACCUUGAGAAAGGAACAAAAAUUCGCAAUUACUUCAACAUGAUCGAGGGCCAGGGUCACGGUGCUGUAUUUGAUUGCAAAUUCUCCCCAGAUGGUCAGCAUUUUGCUUGCACAGAUUCACACGGACACCUCUUGCUCUUUGGUUUUGGGUGCAAUAAAUACUUUGAAAAGAUUCCAGAUCAGAUGUUCUUCCAUACAGAUUAUCGGCCGCUGAUCCGUGAUGCGAACAAUUAUGUGCUCGAUGAACAAACCCAACAAGCCCCACAUCUCAUGCCUCCUCCCUUCUUGGUAGAUGUGGAUGGGAACCCUCACCCUACAAGAUACCAGCGACUGGUGCCCGGGCGGGAAAAUUGCAAAGACGAACAACUUAUCCCUCAACUGGGCUACAUAGCAAAUGGUGAUGGCGAAGUGGUGGAGCAAGUGAUCGGACAACAGACCAACGAUCAAGAAGGGAGCAUCCUAGAUGGGAUGAUCAGAGAGCUGCAACGGGAGCAAGAUCUGAGAAGGCUCAGCGAAAGUGAAGCGCCGCCAAACCCCCCGCAGAACAGAUUGCAGUCUGUGCACGUUUUGAGGAGCCCAAGCUUGGAUAUGGCUUCCCCCACAAAUGUCGGGCUCAGACGGAGCGGUCAGAUCGAAGGUGUCCGUCAGAUGCACCACAACGCUCCGAGAAGUCAGAUGGCCACAGAGAGAGAUCUCAUGGCAUGGAGUAGGAGAGUAGUAGUAAACGAGCUGCCUCCUGGACUUAGCAGAGUUCAGGAAGAGUCCCGAGCAGCCAAAGGUGAAUUGGAAAUCCACCUGUAUACCCUUGAAAAGAAGAGAAAGCCAUCCUACACUUUGCAGAGGAGCGAUUACCAACCCGGUAGUGGGCGGUCUUUGCGCAGAAACCAGCGCAGGCGGCAACACGCUUACCAGACACGUUCCACCAUUGACCGUCACUCACAAAAUGUCAGGAGAAGUUCCCACACCCAGGAAGACUCGGAGAGCUCCUCAGAGGAAGUCGAUUCUGUGGGCACCAGCGAUGGCUCUGGAGACGACAACGUAGCUGCGUGGCAGAGUGAAAGCAGCUCCAGCGAUUCGUCCAGCGAAUAUUCUGACUGGACGGCCGAUGCUGGGAUUAAUCUCCAGCCUCCGAAAAGACAGACAAGACAGGCAGCUCGCCAGAUCUGCAGCAGCUCUGAGGAUGAGCAUGUCAAAGAGUCAAAAGGACAGGAAGAGAAGCGCAAGAAACCCAAACAGACCCGGAAAAAGAAACCCAGUGGAUUGCUGUCAAUGGAUGCCGAGCCUACAGAAGAAUGGUUCGCUCCUCACUGGAUCUUAGACACCAUCCCACGGCGUUCUCCUUUCGUCCCUCAAAUGGGAGACGAGAUAAUCUAUUUCAGGCAAGGGCACGAAGCUUACGUGCGUGCAAUUCGGAAAGCAAAAAUUUAUAGUGUUAACAUACAAAAGCAGCCAUGGAAUAAAAUGGAACUCAGGGAACAAGAAUUUGUGAAGAUUGUAGGAAUUAAGUAUGAAGUUGGACCACCGACGCUGUGCUGCUUGAAGCUUGCCUUUCUUGACCCCAUCUCGGGCAAAAUGACAGGGGAAUCGUUUUCCAUAAAGUAUCAUGACAUGCCUGACGUCAUUGACUUCCUCGUGUUGCAUCAAUUUUACAACGAAGCCAAAGAAAGAAACUGGCAGAUCGGGGAUAGAUUUCGUAGUAUAAUUGAUGAUGCGUGGUGGUUUGGAACCGUAGAGAGUCAACAGCCAUUCCAAGCGGAAUAUCCAGACAGUUCCUUCCAGUGCUACAGUGUUCACUGGGACAACAAUGAAAGAGAAAAUAUGAGCCCCUGGGACAUGGAACCAAUUCCAGAAGGAACUGCUUAUCCAGAUGAGGUGGGGGCUGGAGUGCCAGUGACCAGCGAAGAAUUGGCCUCUCUGCUAUACAAGCCCCAGGAAGGAGAAUGGGGCUCCCAUUCCCGAGACGAAGAAUGCGUGCGGGUUCUCCGAGGCAUCGAUCAGCUUCUUUCUCUAGAGAUUUCUAAUCCCUUUGCAGUUCCAGUUGACCUUAGUGCCUAUCCUCUGUAUUGCACUGUUGUUGCUUAUCCAACUGACCUCACCACGAUAAGGAGAAGACUUGAAAACAGAUUUUACAGGAGAAUAUCAGCAUUAAUGUGGGAGGUACGAUACAUCGAACAUAACGCAAGGACUUUCAAUGAGCCCGAAAGCCCUAUCGUCAAAGCAGCCAAAAUCGUCACCGAUGUUUUACUGCACUAUAUUGGGGAUCAGAGUUGUACAGAUAUUUUGGAGAUCUAUAACAAAGUAAAAGCAGAAGACUUGAGUAGCACAGAGGAAGAAGAGCAGGUGGCAGAAGCAUCUCCCGAUUCAGAGGGCCCAGGAACUUCCUCUGGAAAACGAAUAGUCAAACGGCAAAUAAAAAGGCAACCUUCGAAAGGAUGUGCUGAUUCCUGGAAAAACCACUGCAAGCAAUUGUUAAGCCUGAUCUAUGAACGUGAAGACUCUGAGCCAUUCCGACAACCCGUUGAUCUCUUUUCUUACCCUGUGGACAAACAUUCUUCUCAGGACUAUCGAGAUAUCGUGGACACUCCCAUGGACUUCAGCACUGUGAAAGAAACUUUGGAAGCGGGUAAUUAUAUGAACCCUCUCGAAUUCUACAAAGACGUCCGCUUGAUAUUCUACAACUCCAAAGCAUACACUCCAAACAAGAAAUCAAGGAUCUAUAGCAUGACACUCCGACUCUCUGCCUUAUUCGAAAACCACAUCAAAACCAUUAUUUCCGAGUACAAGUCAGCGGUUCAGUGUCAGAAGAGGCGAAGGCCGCGGUUACGGUACCGAAAACGGCUCAGAAGCAGUAGCAGUGGUUCUUCUAGCAGUAGAGCGCCAAGCCCAAAAGGAAAACAAAAGCAACUGAAGAUGCAGCCUAAAACAAACUUGAAUACCUCACUGCCUUUAACUAGGACUAAUUCUUCAGUUUCAUCUCAUGUUUCAGAUACAGAGGAACCCCCUGGUUCAGCUACUGCCGAAGAGAUGGAGAGGCAGCCCUCCUCCUCCUCCUCCUCCUCCUCCGGCUCCAACAGCAGCCAGAAUCGUAGUGGAAACGAUGUCGAAGCAGGAAAAAAUAAGCCAGUGAGAAAUAAAUCCACACCAGUGAAACAAGAUCAGCCUUCCGAAAAGCCUCUGACGAACGGGGACGGGAAGGAAUCGCGGACGGGAGUCAAGCGAAAGAUUUCCAGCGCCUCCGAAGAGGAGGACGAGGGCAGCCAAGAGAAGAGAGAAACGAAAGAUAAGCCCAGUUUAUUGUCCGAAAGCGGAGACUCCCGUUCGGGCUCCAGUUCCGAAAGCAGAGGUGGCUCCGACUCGGAUUCAGAAUCCAGUUCUAGGACAGAUCAAGACUACAUCGACGGAGACCACGACUACAGCAAAUCCGUACAAGUGAAGCCGAAAAGAAAAAUCCGAAGGAACCUCUCCAGCGGCAGGAGAAAAAACUGGCAGGGCAGGGGGACCGGAAGGCGAGGGCGCUGGGGCCGAUGGGGGAGGUGGAACCGAGGGGGCCGAGGCAGCCGGGGAGGAAGAGGAUGCAGCCAGGGGCGAAGAGGAGGCAGAGGAGGAAGAAGAGGCCGAGGAAGAGGAGGCUCGCGGGCUAAGCGCCCCCGCAUGGCCGAGGACGAGUUCGAGAACCUUUUCGGCGGACGCUUCAACGAGAACGCCUUCGGCGGGCGCUUCGGCCGGCCCCCUCGGAUUAAAACCAGGAACGAAGGCCGGCGAACCGUUUUGUACAACGACGAUUCGGACAAUGACACUUUUGUGCACACCGAGGAUCCCUUGAACCUUGGCACUUCCAGGUCGGGCAGGGUACGGAAAAUGACCGAGAAAGCCAGGGUUAGCCAUCUCAUGGGAUGGAAUUAUUGACCCCGACACGGUGGCGGUGGUGGUGGUGGCAGCGGGGGGGGGGGUUAUUGGCGGUGCGGUGCGGGGAGGAGAGACCCUGAACAGCGACGUUAGGAUUUCCAAGGCUUUUGAAACUGCAGGGAUUUCACGCCGGAAAACCUGCUAAGCAAAUUGUGGGGGAGGGAAUCUGUUGAUUCUCACCCCCUCACCUCCCCCUGGUGCUUUUCAUAUGGUUUUCAUGUGUUCGGAGACUUCUGCUCGCUGGCCGACGCGGGCUACGAAAGUCUUCUUUGCACAUCCUAUUACACAUCCUUUUUUUUUUUUUU